UGGCUGAGUUCAACUCGCAUGCUCGCGAGGUAGCCCUUUCGCGAAUCAGCAAUUCCACCGCCUGUAACAGGGACAACGUGAGGGUUCGAAAGCUGUUCGAGAACCUCACCAACGAUGAGAGGAUCUCUUACACGGACGCCCUGAAGUGCCUGAUGGACCUGCCAGCCAAGACCCCGUCGAGCCUCGCCCCUGGUGCCAAGUCGCGAUACGACGACUGGGUCGUAACCCACAUCAACCAGACUCUGACCAUCCACUUGAAUGCGAACUUCCUCGGGUGGCAUCGUUGGUACAUUUGGGAGAUGGAGCAGGCCCUUCGUAGCGAUUGCGGUUACAAAGGCCCCUUUCCUUACUGGGACUGGGCGAAAACGGAGAAGGAGACCUUUGAAAAGUCAGAGGUCUUUGACGGGUCCGCGACCUCGUUGUCAGGCAACGGCGCGCCACUGAAAUACACAGACUCGGAUGUGAUUGUUAUCAAUUCGCAAUAUCCCAACAUGGAAGUCGUUUUCCCUCACGGUACCGGCGGCGGUUGUGUUACCAGCGGACCUUUCGCCAAUAUCACCGUCAACCUUGGCCCUAUAGGACUUGCUCUUGUAGGCAACAAGACCGAUACAUCUGGCGCGGGAUACAAGUACAACCCCCGCUGUCUCAAGCGCGACUUGACCGACGAAAUUCUACACCGGUACGUCAACGAGACGAGCGUACUUACGCUCAUCCGUGACAGCAGCGAUAUCUGGUGGUUCCAGACGAUAAUGUCGGGUGCGUGGGGGUCUCGCGACAUCGGAAUCCACCCCGGCGCCCACAACUCACUUGGCGGUGAUCCCGGUCGCGAUUUCUGGGUCAGCCCUGGAGAGCCAGCCUUUUGGGCACACCACGCGAACAUCGAUCGAGUCUGGUGGAUGUGGCAGAUGCUGGACCCGGAGGUGCGUGCAGCGAACGUGUCGACCGCAGUGAACGGGCCGAUCACGAUGUAUGACCUAUACGAGCCGCAUAAGAACGCAACCAUCUUUGACCUUCAGAAUUUGGGUUGGGUCGCGGAAGGACAGGAAGUGGCGCUAGGUGACCUCAUGUCGACAACAGAGGGCAUGUUUUGCUAUGUCUAUGAGUGAGGGGGAUG